CUGCUUCGGCGGGGUCCAAAACCACAGCCAUCGCCCAUGGCUAUUGGGCAAUAAUACCCAUAUUUGUAGAUUUGGUGUUAGAGAUGCCAAAUAAGAUAUGGCGAUUUCUUCAAAACGGCUUCUCGUUUUUCUAUUUCUCUGCAUAGCAAACUCUCUCCAAUUCUUGAUAGUUUCUUCUUCUACUUCCCCUCAGGGUUAUCAAGAAUAUGCAGCUGCAAGAACUCUCAAGCAAGAGCAGGGGAAUGCUCAUGAAGUGCAUUGUUCAAGAGAAAGGAGUAGGGCAGCAUGGAAGAUAAUUGAGAAGUAUUUGAUGCCCUUUGUUGAGAAGGAAAAGUAUCAGAUUUCAAUUAGUUGUAAGCUUCAUCCUGAAAAUGACCUGUACAGAGAUCAAGAACAGCACAAGCUCCAUGAAGAUAUAAAUGAAUGGAGAUGUGGGUACUGUAAAAAGACAUUUUAUGAUGAGAAAUAUCUGGAUAAGCAUUUUGAUAACAGACAUUACCAUUUACUGAACGUGAGUCAAGGCAGAUGCUUGGCAGAUGUAUGUGGUGCAUUACAUUGUGACCAAGUGAUGGAUUCUGCAACACGCAAGACUAAGUGCAAUCCUGCAGCUGCUGCAAAGAAUAAACAUCUGUGUGAGAGUCUAGCUCAUAGUUGUUUUCCAGUCAAUGAGGGUCCUUCAGCUCAUCACCUUAAGGAGUUCUUCUUGCGACAAUUUUGUGACGCCCACACUUGCACUGGACGUCAGAAACCAUUUUCUAAAGGGGGCAAGAAGGAAAUGAGUAUACUAUAUAUUAUACUAUCUGUCAUGAUUCUGAUGCUGUUGUUGCUUUUCUAUGGCUUCGUGUACUUGUACAGAAGGGGAAUAAAAAGGGGCACCCAAGGUCUGAAGCGCAUAUCAAAAAGUAGACAGAAAAAAUCUUCAUAGAUGAUGUUCUUUUGACAUCAUUUUUGUUGUGAUAUUUGAUUUAAUUAGCUUUAAUUUUUACUGGUAAAAACUGUCCAUUUUUGCGCUUAGAUUACAAGUGCUAUCAGCUUUCUUUUAGUAUACUUUUCUGCACCCUGAAUUUUGGGGUAAAGAAAAACCAGAUAGGGAAACAAGCCAAUGUAAUGAAAGAUGUUUAUGGCUUUUCUGAACA